AUGUUCGCGCCAUCCGUCAAGACUUACGAGGUGACCAGACGUAUGGAUGAAUUUGACGGAGAAGAAUUCGACGAAGACUCAGGAAAUACAGAUGAGGCCAUCCUUGAAACACACCUGGAGCCGAUCGCUAUUGUUGGCAUCGGCUUGAGAUUACCCGGCAACGUCUCCACGACUGAAGACUUUUGGGAUCUUUUGGUCAACAAGAAAAGCACCAGAUGCCGAGUACCCGAGAGCCGCUUCAAUGUAGACGCAUUCUACAGCCAUUUCGGAAAGCCGGGCACCGUGAAUAGCAAGUACGGCCACUACCUCGACUGCGACAUCGAAAGAAUGGAUGCUUCCUUCUUUUCCAUGAGUAAGGCCGAAGUUGAGAAGCUCGAUCCCCAUCAGAGACUUCUCCUCGAGGUCGUUUGGGAAUGCAUGGAGAAUAGCGGCCAGAGGAACUGGCGUGGCGCGAACAUUGGCUGUUACGUUGGUGUCUACGGCGAUGACUGGUUAGAUCUCUCUGCAAAAGAUCCUCAGCGUUUGGGAAUGUACCGAAUUACCAGCUCUGCAGAGUUCGGCGUUGCGAAUCGGUUAUCGUACGAAUUUGACCUCAAGGGGCCGAGUAUGACAAUUCGCACUGCAUGCUCUUCCUCGCUGGUGGGAUUACACGAAGCAUGUCAAGCUAUCUACUCAGGAUCAUGCGACUCUGCCGUGGUGGCCGGUGCAAACAUUAUCGUCUCUCCGACCCUCGCCGUUACACUGACUGAGCAAGGCGUCAUCUCGCCUUCGGGUUUAUGUCGAUCAUUUGAUGGCAAGGCCGAUGGAUACGUCCGAGGCGAGGCGGUCAACGCAGUCUACGUAAAGAAACUGAGCGAUGCCCUGCGAGACGGCGAUCCUAUCCGUGGCGUGAUUAGGGCCACCGGUACCAACUUUGACGGCAAAACGAGCGGCAUCACGAACCCUAGCAGAGAAAGCCAAGAAGAACUCAUUCGAAGGACAUAUCGCGCGGCGAACAUCCCGAACCCUGGGGAUACGGGCUUCGUGGAAUGCCACGGGACCGGCACGACGGUGGGUGACCCCUUGGAGACGACCGCUGUUGGGAGAGUAUUUGGCGGACGAGGCGAUGUCCUAAUCGGCUCUGUCAAACCAAAUGUUGGGCAUUCCGAGGGGGCAUCAGGACUCACCAGCCUGAUCAAGGCCGUCUUGGGGCUGGAGAAGGAAACGAUUCCGCCAAACAUCAACUUUUCUGAUCCAAACCCAAAUAUAAGAUGGCAAGAGUUUGGCCUCCGAGUGCCAACAGAGGCUUUACCAUGGCCUACAGGCCGUGUAGCUCGCGUGUCAGUGAACAAUUUUGGAAUUGGCGGCACAAAUGCACACGUAAUUUUAGAUUCAGCGAAGCUGUUCCAGAGGGAGAACGCAAAAACCGCAGCGCACCGACAUCAUCUCCUCUUGUUCUCUGCUCAAAAUCCUGAAUCUCUAAAGAGCCAGAUCUCCCAGGUCGAGGAGUACGCCCGCAGGCAUGAAGACCACAUUGCGAACAUCUCUUACACGCUGGGUGCCCGGCGUGAGCAGCUGGCCUAUCGAACGUUCACGGUCACCCAAGAUGGUUGUCCGUUUCAACCCUCCCCGGUAGUUCAUAGCACGGAAAAGAUUCCUAGAUACGUCAACUUCGUCUUCACCGGUCAGGGCGCUCAAUGGGCCAACAUGGCCAUUGAUCUACUGGGCGACUUCCCCUCGUUCCUUGCCGAUAUCAAACACAUGGACAGAAUGCUCCAAGAGUUGCAUCACGCACCACUAUGGUCAAUGGAGGAGGAACUCAAACGUCCCCAGCAUCAGAGCAGAAUUGACCAGCCAGAGUUUGCGCAACCCAUCUGCACCGCUAUCCAAAUCGGAGUUGUUCAUUUGCUAAGAUCAUGGAACGUUCGGCCAGUGGCUGUAGUAGGCCACUCGAGCGGCGAAAUCGCUGCAGCAUAUGCCGCUGGUCUGCUGACCCUUGAUGCAGCCAUCGCCGCUGCAUACUACCGUGGACAGGUUACAAAGGAGCAACUUCGCUCUGGGGCCAUGGCUGCAGUUGGACUUGGUCCUUGCGCUGUGAAGGAGUAUCUGGAAACAGGCGUUGUUGUUGCUUGCGAGAACAGCGGGACCAGCUCAACUCUCUCCGGCGAUGCGGAUGCCCUAGACUCGGUUCUCGAGAAGAUCAAGCUUGGCAGACCUGGGUGCUUUGUACGCAAGCUUAAAGUCGACAAAGCCUAUCACUCACACCAUAUGCAAGAAGUCGGCGAUUUGUAUGAGACGCUUCUCCAGAGCUCCAUGGCGCAUGAUGUGCUGCCCGACGGCGACGACGGCGACAACGACCACAACAAGAAGUCGCCCAUCGCCAUGUUUUCAUCAGUCACUGGUAAUAGAGCCACGAAGUCACAGCUAGAGCCGUCAUACUGGAGGAUGAACCUCGAAUCCCCCGUUUUGUUCUCCUCUGCAGUGCGGUCCAUGUUGUUGUCUACAACAGAAGACGUUUUGUGCCUUGAAAUCGGACCUCAUUCUGCACUGUCGGGUCCUCUUCGCGAUAUAAUUAAAUCCGUCGACUUACAGAACUCGGUCAUAUACGUGCCCACUCUGCUCCGGAAACAGAACAGCACACAGUCACUGCUUUCUUGCUUGGGACAACUCUUCCAGCAUUCCGUCUGCGUCGACAUACCGACCACGCCGGAGAGCACUGUUCUCACCGACCUGCCCAAUUACCCCUGGCAACGCGAGGAAACGUACUGGAACGAAAGCCGUGUAUCGCGGGAAUGGCGUCUGCGCAAGUUUCCUCCACACGAACUUCUCGGCAUCCGUGUUCUUGAGAGCGACAGUACAAGGCCGACAUGGAGGAACGUGCUGAAAUUGAACGACGUCCCUUGGAUCCCAGACCACCGAAUCAAAGACGAUAUCGUGCUUCCAGCUGCCGCUUAUCUGUCCAUGGCCGGAGAAGCGGUUCGACAAAUUGCAGACCGUCCUAUGACCGAUUUCUCUCUCCGACAAGUCAACAUCAAAGCUGCGCUUGUCCUACAAGAAGCGGAUGGUACGGAGAUCAUAACACAUUUAGCCCCCGUGCGCCUCACAUCGAGUCUGGAUUCAGCCUGGUACGAAUUCACCAUUGUCUCUCAGCGUGGCACCGCCUGGGUCGAACACUGCAGCGGACAGGUCAAAGCUGGCAACGGAGUGCCCAUCAUCGUGGAUGACAUGGAAACUCCUCAACACCCUCGAUUCGUGUCAAGCCAGGCACUAUACAGAAGUAUGAGAAGCGUUGGUCUCAACUACGGCCCUCGGUUUGAAGGACUGAAGGACAUAUCUGCAAAGCCAGGCUCGGGCUGUAUCACCGCAAGCAUUGACGAUGAUCACGACCCAAGCGAAGACAGCUACCUGCUGCACCCGACGACAAUAGACUUCUGUUUACAGCUACAAAUCGUUGCAGCAGCAGAGGGACUCCCGCGUCAAAUCAAGCACAUCUGCAUGCCUACAUACAUUGAAAAAAUGUACGUAGGGCAAGGCUCCUCGGAGAUGGUGAUUACAGGACAUGCCACCUCGUCUUUCGAGGGAACUAUCCAUGGCUCCGCGAAAGCAAUAGGAGAUGACGUUUUGGCAUUGUCGAUAACAAAUGCACGCUUCAGCGUUCUCAAUGACAGUGGCUUUGACCAAGAUAUAGAUACGGUGGCGGCAGCACAGCUACAGUGGAAACCCGACGUGGAGUUCGAGUCCCCGGCUGAUCUCAUCCGUCCGCGCAAGUGCCUCCGGGAGGUGUUGGCGAAGCUCGAGAGACUCACCCUUCUAUCCGUCAUCAAGACUCUUCAUCUUGUCAAGGACACGCAGAUCACUGGUCAUCUGUACCGAUUCCGUUACUGGUUGGCAGAUCAGCGUACAAGAGCCGCAAAGGGCCUAUAUCGCCAUGUCAGCGAUGCCAAGGCAUUGACCUGUCUUACUGAGCCCGAACUAUCUGCGGAGAUCGAGGCCACAAUGGAAGGCGUGCGUAGAACGAGUGGCUUGGAGGUUGCUGAACUCAUUGAGAGAGCCAUGUCAAACGCCCUAAGGAUUUUCAACGGCGAUGUCAAACCAAUCGAGGUUCUGAUGGAGAAUGACGGCCUUGGAAACAUCUAUAAGUUCAUCCAGUCCCUCUGUGACGGGACGCCCUUUUUCGAGCUUUUAAGUCACGCUAACCCGGGAAUGAAGGUGCUGGAGAUCGGCGCCGGGACUGGAGGCACCACGGCGGAGAUCCUCCGUGGCUUCACCAGCGAUGUGGGCGAGCGCAUGUAUGCGCAGUACGACUUCACAGAUAUCUCCACUGGCUUCUUCGCGGCAGCGCAAGAGCGGUUCAAAGACUACAGCAAUAUCGAAUGCAAGGUGCUUGAUAUCAGCAAGGACCCGAUUGCGCAGGGCUUCGAGGCCGAAUCUUACGAUUUCAUCAUUGCGUCCAACGUCCUUCAUGCCACUCCACGUAUCCAGGCAACACUGAGGAACGUCCGCAAGCUAAUCAAGCCGGGUGGCAGGCUCUUCCUUCAAGAGCUGAGUCCAGAAUGGCGUAUGAUCAAUUUUAUAAUGGGCUUCCUCCCUGGCUGGUGGCUAGGUGUAUCGGACGACCGACCUGAACCAUACAUUUCUCCAGCUCGAUGGGACUUGGAGCUGCGAGACGCCGGGUUUUCGGGGACUGAUGCUGUGGUGUACGACGAUGAGUAUCCCUAUCAGAUCAACGCCAACAUGAUCUCGUCGACUAUUGUUCCGGCCCUCCUACCCAAAGAUGUUUCCAUUCUUGCUGGGCCUGGCUCUGUUCUAGCCAGUCUCCUACGAGACACUCUAGCCAUGCGGGGCUACACAGUGCACUUAUCAUCUCUUAACGACAUUCCGAAACCCGACAUGGAUAUCAUUUCGCUUCUAGACCUGGAGUUGCCCUACUUCCAUGACGUUUCGGAGGAGAGGUUGAAGAAGCUGCAAGCCUACUUGGGCGCGCUGUCCCCCGAUACUGACAUCUUGUGGGUCACUGGACACUCACAAGUCAGCUGCGACGACCCGCGGUACGCGAUGUGUAUCGGCGCCAUCCGAACCGUUCGUUCGGAACUCUCGUUGGAGAUUUCUACGUUGGAAAUCGACGUUCGAAGUGCUCCUGACACUGAGAAGGUUGCUGAUGUGUUCCUCAAAAUAAGACGUCGGUCGUCGCCCUCGGGCUUGGAUCCCGAUCGAGAGUUCGCAGUGCUUGACGACAAGAUCGUCAUCCCGCGGUACAACUGGAUUAACGUGCGGGAGAAGCGCGUUGGAAGUACCGAAAACAGCACAGUAAAGCUCGAAACAGGUCGUGCAGGACAGCUUCGAAGUCUGCAGUGGGUCCCCAAAGCCGUCGUUGACCUGUUCGACCACGAGAUUGCAAUCGAGCCCAUUGCAGUGGGAAUGAACUUCAAGGACAUAAUGGUGUCUAUGAGGCUGAUCGAGGCGGCCACACCCGACCUCGGUUUGGAAUGCGCCGGUAUAGUCCGCGAGACUGGACCCGGCGUUGAAGAUUACAACGUGGGCGAUCGAGUCAUGUCCGUAUUGAUCCAUUCCGCAAGUGGCGGUGUCGGAAUUGCCGCAAUACAGAUCUGCAAGAUGAUUGGAGCCAAUAUAUAUGCCACAGUUGGUAGUCCUGCCAAGGUCCAGACUCUUGUCAGUGAUUUCGGCAUACCACGGAGUCACAUCUUCAGCUCAAGAGACUCGUCCUUCUACUCGGGUGUUAUGGCCUCAACCAAUGGUUCGGGUGUUGAUUUGGUGUUGAAUUCCCUGUCAGGCGAGCUCCUACACCUCUCGUGGAAGUGUGUUGCCAAGUUCGGCAAGAUGCUGGAGCUCGGAAAGCAAGACUUUCAAGGUCACGCGAUGCUUGGGAUGGAUACCUUUGAGGCAAACCGAACCUUUUGCGGAAUCGACCUUUCGCAGCUGGCUCUGGAGAGGCCAAAGGUCCUCAGAGGGUUACUCCAACGUUGCAAGAGCCUUCUUGAGGAAGGCAGUAUCAAGCCUCUCAAGCCGAUCACCAACUUCAAAGCACAGCACGUUGUCGAGGCCUUUAAGUAUCUGCAAGCAGGAAGUCACAUUGGGAAGGUAGUCGUCACAAUGCCCGAUGACAUCAGCGAGCUACCGCUGGCGUCCGUUGCUCCCAAUACCCGAUUCCGCCACGAUGCGUCGUACCUCCUGAUCGGCGGUCUCGGUGGGCUCGGCCGCACUAUCUCAACGUGGAUGGUAGAGAACGGCGCUCGUCACAUCGCCUAUCUAUCGAGGUCGGCGGGACAGUCGAACCAGGACAAGGCCUUUAUCCACGAGUUGGAAUCUCAGGGUUGCACAGUGCAGUGCUUCAUUGGGAGGGUCGAGGACCCAGAGGCCGUGACGAGGGCAGUCCAGAACGCGUCCAAGCCGAUAGCAGGAGUGCUUCAUAUGUCUUUGGUGUUGAGGGACCGCAACAUUCUGAAUUACACCCACGAGGACUGGCACGCAGCUAUCAAGCCAAAGGUGGACGGCGCAUGGAACCUACACCAUGCGUUAGCCGAUACGAAACUGGACUUCUUUGUCCUUUUCAGUUCGAUCUCCUAUGUUAUCGGCCAGGCAGGUCAGGCCAACUACGCUGCCGCAAAUGGAUUCCUCGCCGCUUUUGCCCAAUACCGCCAUGCGCGGGGCUUCCCGGCGUCUGUCUUGGACAUUGGGAUCAUGGAGGGCGCCGGGUACAUUUCAGAAAACUCGACUGUUCUUGAACACUUCAAGGCGCUGAACUACCUCACGCUGAAAGAGGAAGACCUUCUACAAGCCUUGGCAUACUCGUUAACGCACCAAGGAUCGCCGACGCCGGCAUCCAAUGGAAAAUACGUCAACGUGGCCCAGAUCGCAGUCGGCCUGGGCAGCAGCAAGGCUCUCGAUGACCCAAGCAACCGGAUCUCAUGGAAGAGGGAUGUCCGAAUGACGGCAGCUCACAUGAAGGACUCGGCAUCCACGUCACAGACGGAGCCAGAAAGCCGGGGUCCAGGUCAGUUCUUGGGCGGGCUCGCUUCAAACCUAGCCGCGCUGGACACGACAGAGACGCGGGAGUUUCUGACGGCCCAAAUCGGCGAGUCCAUAUAUGGAAUGAUGAUGAAGAAGAAAGAGGACCUUAACGUUGACAUACCCCUCGCCGUCCUUGGGGUCGAUUCGCUUGUCGCAAUUGAGAUUCGGGAUUGGUGGCACCGCACCUUUGGCUUACAUGUCAACGUAUUGGAAAUCAUGGGAGCCAGAAGUAUUCGGAUGCUUGGGAUUAUGGCGGUGGAUGGUAUCAAGCAGGCUCGGCUUCGAUCAAUUAUCGGGGACGCGAAUGGGUAGUCCGGUUGUCUUUGCACAUGCACGGACACUGGCGUGGAGGGACUAAUAAGCUUUUGAUGUCGUGUAUAUGUUUGGUUUCGUUUGUCAUAAUUAUCGGUGAGAUUGCCGAUUCAUGCUUGAUACAAGACACAAACGAAAUGUUUUCUUCACA